GCUGGCUCCGUCGUAAAAGAGAAGGUUUGAUCCCCGCCUAUCAUUUGCGGAGAAAUGGUACGUUCUGGCCACGCCCGUCGGUAGCUUCAGAGCAACGCACGCGGCGGAACAUGCCAUUGAGACGAUCAGCCACACCGAGCACGAUGAUCCAGGCAAAUUAACUCUUGUUUGUGUUCUCUUUCCUUCUUGACUUGACUACAUCGGAGGAUGGCAUUGUUGUUUGCCUUUGACAACACCAGCUCACGGAUAUGGAUCCGAGGGAUUUCAAGGACGCGACGGCGCUGCUGCCACCACGCGUGCGGACGCGAAGGUUCUGGGUGAUUACGAUUUCCACGCUGAUCUUCCUGAGCAUCAUUUACGCGCCUUACAUCUUCGGCAGCAGAGGUGCAGAUACGAUCCAUUUCGAGGCGUUCAAGGCGACUCUGGGAGGAACGGACAGCCCACCACUUGCAGGACCUGCGGGAGCUGUGCAGCCUGGGAAUCCAGUUCCUGCGCAACAAGUCGCGGGCGGCAUUUUGUUGCCUACACAGAACAAUGCGCCGCCGGUUCACGACAUCGAUGAAGGGCCGGGAGUGGACAUGUACGGGCGGCGGACACCACAUUAUCGCAAGAUCUACUCGAUGACCUCGCCAGAGAAGAAGUAUUGGCUUGUCUGGUUGGGAGGUGAGGCAGGAUACAAUCCCAAUUUGCUACCGCAUCCCACGGAGCCUGAUCGAUGGGUCGUGCUGGCGCAACACGAGAGAUCGGACGAGAUGACGGCGGAGCAUCAGGAGUUGGUCUGCACUGCUGGCUUCUUCAUGGACAAACUGGUCUGCUCUGAGGCACCGACCGUGAUGCAGGUGACCGAGUCGAUUGUCGGCAACUGCACAGAAGGAAAUGCGUGGAUCAAUUUGGUAGUAGGACCGCGAGACGCUCGCAUGUUCUAUGGCCCAGAUGCACCAUACGUGAUGUACGGAUCUCAGUCUGCCCAUGCUUGUCUAGGAAUCUGGAUGCAUGACGGGAGAAUGUUGCUGCCACCUUUCCAGGCAGCAGGCCAACAAGCAGAUAUCGCAUACUUCAAGGAAGCAACAGAACUGCAGAGACCUGAGCCCUGGCACGUGUUCGAGAAGAACUUCUUCGUCUUCUGGGACGACAAAGGAGGCGUCUACGUUCACAACGACCUCUGGCCCAGACGAUCCUACGCAGCUCUUGGUCCUGUGGGAAACGUCGGCGAGGACCUCGCUCCCCAAACCGUAGAAGCCGAUGCGCGCUGCAUGAAUGCUUUCAUGCCCCCGGUCGAACACUACGAAUACGCCUCAGAAGGGAUCCAUCAAGCGACCAACUCCCUCUCCAUCACCAUGUGCGCCCGCGCAGAUCCCACGUGCACUCCGACCGACAGCAACACCUUCAUCAUGACGAUCUUCCAUUGGAAAGCCUGGCGCGAAUUCCACGGAAUCUACGAACCUUACAUCAUGCUCUUUAAACGCACCUCCCCCUUCCCCAUCCACGCCAUCGGCCAAAGACCUUACUGGGUCUACGGUCGCGGUCCUUUCACCGCAGAUUCCGGCAGUCCGAAAUAUCGUGGCCACGAAGACCAGAUUCCAAAGGGGCACACGGAGCAAAUAUUCUUCACGAGUAUGAGCUGGAAGAACAAGGGACAGACGUAUCAUGGAUAUGUUGAUGAUCCGCUGUUUUUGUCGUUUGGUAUUGAGGAUGGGAAGGCCGGCGUGAUUGAUGUACAUGCUGGGGAUCUAUUACAGGAUUUGGCGGAGUGUAGUAAGGCGCCAGCAGACGGGAAGCGACCGCAAGAGCAAGCACCGCAAGCACAGCAGGGACAACAGGCACCUGCUGCUCCUCCGCCUGCGCAAGCACAAGCACCGCCAGCAGCUCCGCCAGCACAAGGACUGCCCGCACAAGCACCACCUGCUGCUGCUCCUGUACCUCCGGCGGCGGCAGUACCAGCUCCUGCGCCGGUGCGAUGAGGAGUGGAAGGCGGACUGCUUGCGCGCCAUGUUGAUAAUAUACCCAUUUUGUUAUUUGACUGCUACUUGCUCAGUCACACCAGUUUCAAAGCUUGCACCAGACGAGCCUCAUGAGAAG